AUGCCUUCGCACUUUACUUCGACCUUCACAGCUCUUACACGCAGCUUCCUGCCCGCCGCCGCCGCGCGCAGACCUUGGACAACCAGUUCCCCGCACCGCUUCACCUCGCUCCCUGCGUCCCGACCACAGUUCAAGAUCUCGGUACAGACGAUACGCAGGAUGUCAUCCUCCGUCGCUGCCAUGGGCAAACGCCUGUCGGGCAAGACCAUCCUCGUCACGGGCGCCUCGUCCGGCAUCGGCCGCAGCGUCGCGCAGGAGUUCGCCCGGACGUCGCCGCAGAACCUCAAGAUCAUCAUCACCGCCCGCCGGGUCGAGACGCUCAAGCAAGUCGCCGCGGACAUCAACAAGGAAGUCGGCGACGGCGUCAAGGUCUUGCCUGUCAAGUUGGACAUUUCAAACCCGGCCGAGGUCGGCAGCUUUGUGGGAAACCUGCCCGAGGAGUUUAGGGAUAUCGAUGUCCUGGUGAACAACGCGGGUCUGGUCAAGGGCGUGGAUAAGGCGCCAGACAUCAAAGCCGAGGAUAUGGAGGUCAUGUUCGCCACGAAUGUCACCGGCCUGAUCAACAUGACUCAGGCCGUCCUGCCCAUCAUGAAGGCGAAAAAGGGAGAUAAUGGAGAAGACGUCGGCGGUAGAGGGGACGUCAUCAUGAUCGGCUCCAUCGCAGGCAGGGAAGGUUACCCUGGCGGAAGUAUCUACUGUGCGACCAAGGCCGCCGUGAGGACGUUCACAGACGCGCUGAGGAGGGAGUUGAUUGCCACUCGGAUACGAGUCAUCGAGGUGGAUCCAGGCCAGGUCGAGACUGAAUUCUCCGUCGUCCGCUUCUACGGUGACAAGUCCAAAGCCGACGCAGUCUACAAGGGCGUGGAGCCCCUUACACCCGACGACAUCGCAGAGAUUGUUGUGUUUGCCGCCGGAAGGAGGGAAAAUGUCGUGCUCGCGGACUCGUUGAUCUUCCCGAACCAUCAGGUCAGGCUCUACUCCCCCAACACGUUCAAGAUAUACUAA